AUGGCGUCCGGAAUGGGUGUUGACGAGAACUGCGUCUCACUUUUCAACGAACUGAAGAUCCGGAAGACGGUCAAGUGGAUCAUCUUCAAAAUCGACAGCACGAAGAUUGUUGUCGAGAAGGACGGAAAGGGCAAUGCAGACGAGUUCAAGGCUGGUUUGCCCGCGAAUGAUUGCCGAUUUGGAGUGUAUGAUUGCGGCAACAAGAUCCAGUUCGUUCUCUGGUGCCCCGACAACGCGCCUGUGAAGCCGAGAAUGACGUAUGCGUCAUCGAAGGACGCUCUCCUCAAGAAGUUGGAUGGCGCAACCGCCGUCGCACUGGAAGCUCAUGAAAUGAGCGACCUUGCAUCCCUCGCAUAA